AUGCAUAUGGCAGAACUGCUCAAAAUCGAGAGCAAGCCCAUUCCGGCAUUCUACUGCUGCUAUCUCCUCCGCUCGACGAAUCGCAAAUCCUAUUACAUCGGCAGUACCCCAAAUCCUGCACGUCGCCUCGGCCAGCACAAUGGCACGAGCAAGGGCGGCGCGAAGCGCACUGCGAUGCAGGGAAAGCGGCCGUGGGAGAUGACGUGUAUUGUCACUGGCUUCCCUUCGCAUUUUGCUGCGUUACAGUUCGAGUGGGCGUGGCAGAACACCCACAUGACUAGACAUAUCGACCGGGACGUUAGAGACGCCCGUGCUGUAGAGCUGCAAAAAGGCAAGAAAGCUGCGCCCGCCGCAUCUGGAAGGAGAAAAAGACCACCAAUGUCGCUAGAAGCCCGGCUAAAAAACCUGCAUCAUUUGCUUGGGGUAGACAGUUUUCGAAGAUGGCCGCUGCAUCUGCGAUUCUUUGCGCUGGACGUGUUCAAGCAGUGGGAACGGCAUGCUGCGAGAAUGACGCAAAGGCUGAGGGAAAGCGUCACUAUUCAAGUCACGCCUGCUGAGAUGCCGAGGCUUGCGCCAGAGAUAUGGGCAGAGGUUGGGUCGCACUACAUCCCGGACAUCAUACGGAAUAUACCUGUUGCGUAUGAGGACUGCAAGCCAUACGUCGAGAAGUCCAUGAACACCCUGCAUCACGACGAAGCACAUACUUGCGGUGUUUGCAAGAAGACAGCCGAAAAGUCAACCUCUAUGCUCAUCGUUUGUCCGGUCGAAACCUGCAACACGGUCUCCCAUCUGCCAUGCCUAUCGAAAAGAUUUUUGUUCGAAGACGACAACUCUGAAGGCGCUCUGAUGCCUAUGGAAGGCUCAUGUCCAGGCUGCCGCACCAAUCUGGAAUGGGCUACUCUGAUGAAAGAACUCAGCCUGCGCACCUACGGCGAGGAAGAGAUCGCGGCAAUGUUCAAGCCAAAGCGGAGAAAGAAAGCAGACGCGCUAGAGACCGACGAGACGGGAGAAGACGAAGACCUUGACGAAACCUGGAUGAAAGAAGUCGGUGAGUCAGACACCGAGAUACCAGAAAGUCCUGUUAGAUAG